AUUCAAAUAUUGUUAUAUUUUGUUCAAUCUCUUUUUUUUUUUCUUUAAUAAGGAGGAGGCUAAAACAGGCUAAAAAACAUUGCAUAGCACAAAACUUUGUAGAGGACAGGACACACCCCUAAAAUCCUCAGUCAUGACACACAGGAGGAUGGCCACCAAAAGAUGGUGGCCAAACCAAAAAUUAAACCGAAAUUAGCAAGGAUAUCAGCAUCCACGGUGGACAUGAAGGACUGCCACCUCCUAGUUAAACUGUAGCAUUCGAUAAAUAUCCUUCAAGAAAGACCCAAGCUUCCUACUAGUUAAGCAAUCCACCGCUCUUGUUGUCCACCUACCAAGAUAACUUUCCUCAAACCCUUGGACCAUGCCAGUUUUAAGCCAUAAGAGACCCAUCAAAGCUCAGUCAUCGUCACGCUACAAGCUCCGAGGUUAGCUGUAAAACCACCGUUCCAGCUACCACUCGAAUCACGAAUGAGCCAACCCGCACUCGCCCUACCCUACGUCACACGCGUACCGCAGCAUCUGUAUUAACUUUGUGCCAUAUCCUUCAUUAGGCUUGCAUCACUGGAUCAACCUCUCCACCCCAGCCGCAGGCCCCACAUUCCUCUCAAACAUAUCACGACCAGCUUCAGCAAAGGAUUUUGCUCUAGCCACCAUCAUAUGAAUCGGGUUUGAUUAAUUGAAUCAUCUUGCAUGAGAAUUCAUGUUGAGCUAACAGUCCAAAGCAUGCUUAUUUAAAUAAAAUACAAUAAAUUAUUCAAAACUAACAGGAAUUUUGUUUCACAUUUAAUUAACAGUCGAGCAACAAAAACAUAAAGAAAAAAACAAGCGCAGGAAAGACGUUCAAUACAUAGUCGUAUUUGAAAACAAAAAAGAAAUAAAAAUUCAAAACUAUAAGACAUGUUCUGAACUUCCCUGCCCGUAUUAUGACUGGUAAAUGACCAACUUAACAUUAAGAUCAGUUUCAAAGCAAUCAAUUAUCAAUCUAAUUCAUUCUCAUACAACUUUAAUAGAGCUCAAGCAAAUCCACACACAUCUUCUCAUCGGUGCUCAUCUUAAUGAUCCUAAUUUUCUUGGUCAAUUUGUAGCAUCAAUUGUCCUCAAAAACCCCAAGAAUGUUGAUUAUUCAAAUCAGAUUCUCGACCAAUGUAAUGACCCUACUGUUUUCGCUCUAAAUUCCAUGAUUAGAGCCCACUCCAAAGGCUCUAAGCCACAAAAGAGCUUUCAUUUUUUUAACAGAAUUAUACACUCUCAUAACGGUAUUUCUCCUGAUAAUUACACAUUUAAUUUCUUGAUUCGUGCUUGUGCACAGCUUUUGGCGAAGGAAAUUGGCCUAGCUGUUCAUGGCUGUGUUAUAAAAUAUGGGUUUGGAUUGGACCCGCAUGUUCAAAGUGGAUUAAUUUUCAUGUAUGCUGAAUUGGGUUGUCUAGGUUUUUGUCGUCAGGUGUUUGAUUUAAUUCCGCAACCAGAUUUGGUAUGUCAAACAGCUAUGGUGAGUGCGUGCUCAAAAUGCGGCGAUGUUGGUUUUGCAAGAGAACUAUUUGAUUCAAUGCCUCAUAGGGACCAUAUUGCGUGGAGUGCAAUGAUUGCUGGCUAUGCACAAUGUGGGCAAUCAAGGGAGGCAUUGGCUUUGUUUCAUUUAAUGCAAUUAGAGGAUGUUAAGGUUAGUGAAGUCUCAAUGGUCUCAGUUCUAUCUGCCUCUAGUCAGUUAGGUGCUUUGGAUAAUGGGAGAUGGGCUCAUGCAUAUAUAGAGAGAAAUAAGAUUCCAGUGACAGUGACAUUAGGGACUGCACUUGUUGACAUGUAUGCUAAAUGUGGGGAUAUGAAUAAAGCAAUGGAGGUGUUUUGGGCAAUGAAGGAAAAGAAUGUUUAUACAUGGAGUAGUGCCAUGAAUGGCCUAGCAAUGAAUGGGGCUGGUCAUAAGUGCCUUGAAUUAUUUUCCCUGAUGAAAAAAGAUGGGGUUUUGCCCAAUGAGGUCACUUUUCUUUCGAUUUUAAGGGCUUGUUGUGUGAUUGGAUCAGUUGAGGAUGGACGCAAGUAUUUUAAUGCCAUGAGGAAGGAAUAUGGGAUUGAGCCUCUAAUUGAUCAUUAUGGAUGCAUGGUGGAUUUGUAUGGUCGAUGUGGCUGCCUGGACGAAGCCUUGAACAUCAUCAAUAGUAUGCCAAUGAAGCCUCACACUGGUGCUUGGGGUGCUUUGCUCAAUGCUUGUAAAUUGUACAAAAACAUGGAAUUGGGUGAACUUGCCUCAAGAAAAUUAAUUGAAUUGGAAGGAAACAAUCACGGUGCCUAUGUGCUAUUAUCAAAUAUUUAUGCUGAUUCAAAAAAAUGGGAAAUGGUUGAUAAUGUGCGGCAAGCUAUGAAGGUUAAUGGUGUGAGGAAACAGCCUGGUUGCAGUGUUAUAGAGAUUGACGGUGAAGCUCAUCAGUUCUUUUCUGGGGAUAAUUCCCACCCUAGGUAUGAUGAUAUUGAGGCCAUGCUGGAACACAUAUCCAGGAGAUUGAAAUUAUCAGGUUAUGUGACUAACUCUAAGCUUUCGCUGUUUGAUGUUGAACAAGAAGAGAAAAAAUAUAUAUAAUAUUAAAGAUAUUGUUAUGGCAAUUGUUUGUUUAACAUGAAAGUUAGAUGUACACAUUAGGAUUGUGAAGAACCUCACAGUUUUGAUUUUCACAGCGUUAACCGAUCAAAAUUUGGUUACCUCUUCUAGUGGACACUCCUUAAGAUUGAAACAUCCUAAGGUUCUUAACUAUCCUAUCUGGCCCGACUUCCUUCACACUGAUGGAACUAAAGGCAAUCUCAAUCCUUCGUGCUAUUUUUCACUUCCUAGUUUCUGCGAGUAAUAUUUAGCAGGGCCAUACAGGCACUGUGAUGCUUGCACUCUAAAUCAGAUAUCUUUUGUCUGGUAAGUUCACCUAAGUUUGUAGUUAUACAAUCUGUAAGCAUGCGCGAAGCAAAGAGCCCCGAGUACAAACUGUCGAAGGUUAAUAUUUUUUUACAUUCUUUUCAUGUUAUGGGGCAUAUUUUGGUUAUUGUUGCACUUCAUCUCAUGAGCUUAGUGCUUAUAAGGUAUUGUAUGGGUAAAAUCACCAAAGGUUUUUAAAGGGGUGGGUGAGGAGAUGAGCAGCUAGGUAGGACCAGGUUAUUUAUUUUAUAGUCCACAUGCACUGUCAAUAAGCAUUUUAAACGUUGAUUUCAUUAAGAUAGUGGCAAUAGAAAGAACCUUUUCCGAAGUCUGUUCAUGCACAAUACAAUUCAGAUUUGAGUCGCGCUAUUUUCAGCACCUUUUAUAUUAAGCUCCACUACUUUUUAA